AUGGAUUUGUACAAAUUGACCGCAAGCGAGGUCGUCGCCAGGACCAAGGCGGGGGAACUCACCGUGGAGGACUAUGCGCGCUCACUCCUCUCCCGCAUCAAAGAGCGUGAUGAAGCAGUCAAGGCGUGGGCAUAUUUAAAUCCAGACUAUGUGAUCGAACAAGCCAAGAAACUGGACCAGGUUGCCCCUGAGGCUCGAGGUCCGCUACAUGGCGUCGCUGUUGCUGUCAAGGACGUGAUAUAUACCAAAGAUAUGCCGACGCAGUUCAACUCUCCUAUAUAUGAGAACGACGCACCGCAAGUAGACGCGGCUUCAAUCAUCAUCCUUCGUCACGCUGGCGCCUUGAUCCUAGGCAAGACCACGACCACUGAAUUUGCAGCCACAACGACGGGCCCCAAGACAUCCAACGCCCAUGAUCCUAAGAGAACGCCUGGUGGUUCAUCUUCCGGAUCAGGUGCUGCUGUUGGCGACCUUCAAGCACCCAUUGGAUUAGGCACGCAAACGGGGGGGAGCACCAUCAGACCAGGUUCGUUCAACGGCAUCUACGCACUGAAACCAACGUGGAACGCAAUCUCUCGCGAGGGACAAAAGAUCUACUCGCUCUUGUUCGACACCUUGGGUCUCUAUGCACGCAGCGUUGCCGAUCUCGAAUUAUUGGCGGACGUUUUUGAGAUCCACGACGACGAGCCAGCGAAUUCCUCCUUCCAGAUCCAAGGCGCCUCUUUCGCCAUCUGCAAAACAAUGGCGUGGGAUCAUGUCGGUGACGGAACUGCAAAAGCAAUGGACAAGGCGAAGGCUCUUCUCGAGUCGCACGGCGCUACGGUACAGGAGAUUUCACUCCCUGAGCAUUUGAAGGACUUGCCAGCGUGGCAUGCCACUGUGCUCAACUCAGAAGGCCGUACUGCUUUUCUGCCCGAUUAUCGCAAGGCCAAGGACAAGCUGGCUCCUUUUCUGCAUGCGCACGUCGAGAACACGCAUGGCAUAUCGCGAGCCCAGCAGGUUGGGGCUUGGGACAAUAUUGCCGCAGCAAGACCCCAGGUCGAUAAGCUGCUUGGCCAAUAUGACGCUGUCAUUGUCCCCAGCGUGCCUGAUGAGGCACCCACAGGCCUUGAGAGCACCGGUAGUGCAGCAUUCAAUCUGAUCUGGACGGCUCUGCAUACACCAGUCGUCAAUGUUCCUGGUUUCCAAGGCGCCAACAAGAUGCCCAUCGGCCUAUCUCUCGUCGGUCCCCGAUACCACGACCGCAAGCUGCUUUCUGUGAGUAAGGAGGUGGGCGAGAUUUUUGAGGCGGAAGGUGGUUGGACGAGGAAGAAUAUUUGA